CUUCCCCGUCCCUGCAUCUCCCUCCCACCCCUUCUACUCGGAGGUGGAGGAAACGGGUUCCCUAUCGCAUGUGCAUGUGUCCGUGGAGGGGGGUGUGUGCGUCUCCUUGUAUUUAGCGUUUAUUUAGCACUGUUUUCAUGUCGGUUCGAUGACAGCAGCAGCAAGAACAACAACAAAGUUGCUCUAAAACAAAUGUGAUGGGAGGGAGCAGCAGAGCCGUCCAUGGCGGGGUAGAGACGAGCUUUUACCCCGGCCCCACGCGAGUUUAAUUGCAAAAAACCAAACUGGUUUUCCGUGCGGACGGGGCGACUUUUUCCACGUCCAGCCGGACUUUCUGCCUCUCUCCAGACUGCUGAGCUGUAAAUUGAAAGGAAGAUAAUUUCUGCUUGUGGAAGAAAAGAAAGGUGAAUAACCUCAAUGGAAGACUCUCAGGAUCUAAGUGAACAGUCAGUGAAGAAGCCGUGUCCAGAGUCCGAUGGUUCAGAGCCGCAGAAUCCCAGGUCUAUGGAAAUGCAGGAUCUAGCCAGUCCUCAUAAUCUUGUUGGAAGUAGUGAUGCACCAGGUAGUUCCAAAUUGGAUAAAUCUAAUCUCAGUAGCACAUCAGUCACAACAAAUGGAACAGGAGGAGACAACAUGACUGUGUUAAAUACUGCAGACUGGUUGCUGAGUUGCAGUACUCCCUCCUCUGCAACAAUGUCUCUUCUUGCAGUCAAAACAGAACCCAUGAACAACAGUGAAACAGCAACUACGACUGGAGAUGCAUCGCUUGACACUUUUACUGGGUCAGUAAUAACAAGUAGUGGCUACAGUCCCAGAUCAGCGCACCAGUACUCUCCACAGAUAUAUCCCUCCAAGCCCUAUCCGCACAUUCUUUCUACACCAGCAGCUCAAACAAUGUCUGCCUAUGCCGGACAAGCGCAGUAUUCGGGAAUGCAGCAGCCCGCGGUGUACACAGCCUACUCACAGACAGGACAGCCCUACAGCUUACCCACCUACGAUUUGGGUGUAAUGUUGCCAGGCAUCAAGACGGAAAGUGGGCUCUCGCAGACCCAAUCUCCUCUGCAGAGCGGGUGCCUCAGUUACAGCCCAGGGUUUUCCACCCCACAGCCAGGCCAAACACCCUACUCCUACCAGAUGCCAGGUUCUAGUUUCACACCAUCGUCCACUAUUUAUUCAAACAAUUCUGUUUCAAAUUCUACAAACUUCAGUAGUUCACAACAGGAUUAUUCUUCAUACACAGCUUUUGGCCAAAAUCAGUAUGCACAGUAUUACUCAGCAUCAACAUAUGGUGCAUAUAUGACCUCAAACAACACGGCUGAUGGUACUUCAUCAUCAUCAACCUACCAAUUACAGGACUCUCUCCCUGGCUUGGCUAGUCAACCAGGUACAGAUCUACAUUCAGGAGAGUUUGACACAGUGCAGAGCCCCUCCACGCCAAUCAAAGAUCUUGAUGAGAGAACAUGUAGGAGUUCUGGGUCAAAGUCUCGGGGUAGAGGGCGGAAGAAUAAUCCAUCACCCCCUCCGGACAGUGACUUGGAGCGUGUAUUUGUUUGGGAUUUGGAUGAAACAAUCAUAGUUUUUCAUUCGCUGCUUACAGGAUCCUAUGCACAGAAGUAUGGCAAGGAUCCACCCAUGGCAGUGACCCUUGGACUACGAAUGGAAGAAAUGAUUUUUAAUCUUGCUGACACACAUUUAUUUUUUAAUGAUUUAGAGGAAUGCGAUCAAGUUCAUAUAGAUGAUGUUUCUUCAGAUGAUAAUGGACAAGACCUAAGUACCUACAGUUUUGCAACUGAUGGCUUCCAUGCAGCUGCAAGUAGUGCAAACCUUUGUCUGCCAACAGGUGUAAGAGGAGGGGUUGACUGGAUGAGGAAGCUGGCUUUCCGUUACAGAAGAGUAAAAGAGUUGUAUAAUACUUACAAGAACAACAUAGGAGGACUUCUGGGUCCCGCUAAAAGAGAUGCUUGGUUGCAAUUAAGAGCAGAGAUUGAAGCUCUGACAGACUCCUGGCUAACAAAUGCACUUAAAUCAUUAUCAAUUAUCAGCACAAGGAGUAAUUGUGUAAACGUGCUGGUAACAACAACCCAGCUUAUCCCAGCACUUGCAAAAGUUCUGCUAUACAGCUUAGGUGGAGCUUUUCCUAUUGAAAAUAUAUACAGUGCAACCAAAAUAGGCAAAGAGAGCUGUUUUGAGCGUAUAGUGUCCAGAUUUGGCACUAACAUAACUUAUGUUGUGAUUGGAGAUGGCCGAGAUGAGGAACAUGCAGCUAAUCAGCACAACAUGCCUUUCUGGAGGAUAUCCAGUCAUUCGGACCUCUUGGCUCUCCAUCAAGCACUGGAACUAGAGUAUUUGUAACUGUGUUCUAAAGCUGGUGAUCCUUUUAUAUAUACAUAUAUAUAUAUAUAUACACACACAUACAUAUAUAUAUAUAUAUAUGUAUACAUAUUUCAAGUACACUGAAUUUUUAUGUGUGAUUCAAUGCCUCUGGCUUUACACAUAUGAAUUGUCUUAAGAAGGGAAGAAAUAUUUGGAAUUAAAAAUUCCAAAUGGAAGAAUUCAGAUUGCUGAAUGGAGUUAAAACAUUAGUGCUACGUAAGAAAGCUCUAUGGUCUUAUAUAUGCAACGUUUUUAAAUGAUUUGAAACUGUGGAGGUUGCUGGUACACACCCAGUGAGCCCUGACAGGAGUGAACAAAGGACUCGAACUGGCAAAGCACCAAAACGCAUUUUCCAGCCAACAAGGUGGUGUUCAACAACAUUCCUCAAAAUGGGAUAUAUUCUCAGCACUGAGGUUUGAACCAGACUUUAGCCUACCUAACCCAAAAAAUCUGAAUUGGAAUGCACUCAGACUGUAUAAUGACAAUCCUGUCUAGACAUGUAAUUUGUGUAAAUUAUUGAUGAAAAUAAUUUACUGUGACUUUAUUAGCAGCUGAUUUUGGAAGUGGAUGCAAUUUUUCUUUCUUUUUUUUUGGGGGGUGGGGGCAAGGGAGGG